AAUAACAUAGAAUAAUGAAGUAGAGGAGGUUAACAAGGAGGUUUUGGAGGAAGUUAAUGCGGAGGAGCGAAGCGAGGAGCAAAGUGAUAAGGAGCAUUUGGAAAAGGAGUCAAUGAGAGAAGAUGAAGUGGUUAGGAGACAGUUCUUGCCAAGAGGAUACAAGGCUAAACAUAAAUUCCUUUCAGAUGUGUCUGUUCAGAGAGUGCGGGAUGAUGGCCCGUGUGAUCCAAAUAAGAAGAAGAAACCCCGCGACGCAAGAUGACUGGGUUCUUCUGGAACAUGCGCGGCUUUAAUAAACCAUCAAAACAUGAAGUAGUCCGCGAAUGGGUCAGGAAUCAGUCUUUACAGUUUGGAAGCUUGAUAGAAACUAGAGUGAAGGAAAGGAAGGCAUGAAAUAUUAUGAAUUCAGUUUUUCAGAAUUGGUCUCACAUGAAUUGGUCUCACAUGGCUAACUAUGAGCAUCAUCAUCUUGGGCGUAUAUGGGUUGUUUGGGGGCCAUCAGUAAGGAUGACACCAGUGUUUAAAAGUAGUCAGUUAAUUACUUGUUCAGUUCUGUUAGAAGGGAUGGAGGAGGAGAUGUUUUGUUCUUCUGUGUACGAUUUGAGCACAAUGGAAGAAAGGAAGGUUUUGUGGGAGGACUUGCGAAAUCAUAAAGAUUCACCAAUGUUUAAGAGGAAGUAGUGGCUAAUUUUUGGAGACUUCAAUGAGAUUUUGGCUGGCGAAGAGCAUUCAAGUUAUGAAAAUAGCCCUAAUGUUACUACAGGGAUGAGAGAUUUUCAGGAGCUUACUCGAUAUUGUGCUUUAACAGAUAUGGGAUCUCAUGGGCCUAUGUUUACAUGGUGUAACAAGAGGGAGGGAGAUUUAAUUUGUAAGAAGCUGGAUUGGGUUCUAAUCAAUGAUGUUGCUCUUCAUGGUCUGGGGAGGGCAUAUAGUGUUUUUGAACCGGGUGGAUGUUCUGAUCACCUCAGGUGCAGGAUACAUUUUGAUAUUGAGAACAAGCAGAAGAAAAGGAAACCGUUUAAAUUUACAAAUGUGAUAGCAAUGGAUGAAUUUUUGCCGACAGUUGAAGAGUAUUGGAGAGAAACUGAUCAACUUUUUCAUUCAACCUCAGCCUUAUACAGACUUGGGAAGAAACUUAAAGGUCUUAAGCCGGCGUUGAGGUCUCUUAGUAAAGAUAAACUGGGGCAGCUUCAUAAGCAGACGAAGGAGGCGCUAUUACUUCUUUGUGAUAGGCAUGGAGAAACCUUAAUGAAUCCGAGUUCAGAAGCUAUGAGGAGAGAGUGUGAAGCAUUGGAGAAAUGGCAGAAACUUGCAGAUAUAGAAGAGGAGGUCUUUAAGCAGAAGUCAAAAAUGCACUGGUUGGAGGCUGGUGACAGGAAUAAUAAGUUUUUUCACAAUGCAGCAAAAAUUAGAGAGGUGAUGAAUGCCAUCAGAGAAGAAGUAGUUUGUCCUGAUGGUAGUAUAGUUACAACGGAGGAAGACAUUAAAAAAGAAGCUGAGAGGUUCUUCGCAGAAAUGCUCACUCAUAGGCCGCUUGAUUAUGAAAUGCCUAAUGUGGAGAGCCUACAAGAUCUCCUUCAGUUUCGUUGCAGUGAAGAGGAUUGUGAAAAUUUAAUCAGAGACGUUUCAGCUGAGGAAGUGAAGGAGGUGAUAUUCAAAAUGCCAUCAAAUAAAUCGCCGGGACCGGAUGGUUACACAGUUGAAUUCUUCAAAGCAGCUUGGCCAAUAAUUGGGAAUGAUGUGGUUGUAGCAGUUCAAUCAUUCUUCAUCAAAGGCUUUCUUCCCAAAGAUGAUAUAAUGGUUUUCACGGAUGGGCAGAAGAGAUCGGUUGAAGGGAUUCUCAAGGUGUUUGAGAAGUUUGAGAAGCUCUCUGGAUUAAAAAUCAGCUUGGAAAAAUCGACAUUAUAUAUGGCUGGGAUUUCCGCAAAUAAUCAGAAUGCUAUACUUGAGAACUUUCCAUUUGAAGCGGGUCAGCUUCCAGUUCGUUACCUUGGUUUACCUUUGCUCACCAAGAAAAUGACAGUAGCAGAUUACCUGUCGUUGAUGGAGAAGGUUAGGACAAGAAUGUGCGAUUGGAAUGGGAGGUUUUUAUCGUAUGUGGGGAGGCUGCAGUUAAUAAAAUCUGUCAUCAUGAGUUUGACAAACUUCUCGCUCUCAGCGUUUAGGCUUCCUCGACAAUGUCUAAGUGGGAUAGAGAAACUUUGUGCUGGGUUCUUGUGGUCGGGGCCUGGGUUAAAUAUGAAGAAAUCAAAAGUGGGAUGGGCAGAAAAUUCAUUAUGGGUGAAAUGGGUUCAGCAGUAUCUGAUCCGGAAAGGAUCCUUUUGGUCUAUUAAGGAAACCACCACAGUUGGCUCUUGGAUGUGGAAGAAAAUCCUUAAGACUAGAGACUCUGCCAGAAGGUUUCAUCGAAUGGAAGUAAAAAAUGGCGAGACUACUUCUUUUUGGUAUGAUCAUUGGUGCAAUAUGGGGCGUCUGAGAGAUUUGUUGGGAGCAAGAGGGUUUAUGGAUUUGGGCAUUCCUGGAAAUUCAACAGUUGCUGAAGCUAUACAAAAACACAGAAGAAGAAGACAUCGUGUAGUGAUUCUGAAUAGAGUUGAGGAGGAGAUUGAAAAGAUAAAAUCUGCAAAUAAUGGUGCAUAG